UACAGUUUUUAAUGCUUCGCUUAUUUGGAAUUUUUGCAAUUUUAUUUAUAUUCAUUUUCAUAAGCAUUAACAGUCAAUAUGGCACUGAAUGUCGAAUGCCAAAUGAAAUGAAAGGUAAAUGUGUACCCGUAAAAUCUUGUAGAACCACAUAUGAAUUUUUUGAAAAUAUUCACAAAUCUGGAAAUAGUAGUAUUUCAAGUAUAGAUCGGGAAAAAUUAUUAGAACUAAAAUGUGGCACAAUGAAAAAUUCGCCCCUCAUCUGUUGUUCUGAAUCGGAGGUGCAAUUGAAUGUGAAUGGAUUUAAUAUACUAAAGAAUACUACUUGUGGCAUAUAUAUUGUAGAUAAAAUAUCUAAUGGUCAUGUUGCCGCUCUAUUCGGUUUUCCAUGGAUGGUUUUAUUGAAAUAUGAUGAUGAAUUUAAUACUUUUAAAUGUGGUGGAUCUUUAAUAAGUGACCGUUAUGUUCUAACUGCAGCCCAUUGUAUAGCUAGAUCAGAUAAACAACUUGUAGCUGUCAGAUUAGGAGAAUAUCAAAUCAGCACUGAAAGAGAUUGUACGAAUUCAACACGUAAAAACAUUUGUGCUGAUCCAGUAGAAGAUGUUGGCAUUGAAGAAAUAUUUAUACAUGAAAAUUAUCAAAGAAACUUGCACCACGAUAUAGCACUUUUACGUCUUAAUCGAACAGUGGAAUUUAAAAGACACAUAAAACCCAUAUGCUUGCCAAUAUUUGACGUUUUGAGAACAAAAGAUUACAGUGAAUAUGUUAUAUCUGGAUGGGGAGCUACAGAAAAUCGCAGUUCUUCGGAUGUCCUGAUGGUGGCCAUUGUCCCUAGUGUAGAACGUUCACAAUGUCAAAUAGAAUUGAGAAAACAUUAUCUACGUUUGCCUUUAACUGAGGGUCAGAUAUGUGCUGGCGGUUUAAAUACAGUUGAUGCCUGCCGUGGUGACUCUGGUGGACCUUUAGGUUACAAAGAUUUUUAUAAUGGUCAUCCACGUUUUAUACAAUUCGGUCUUGUUAGCGUUGGUUUGGAUAAUUGUGGUUUUGAGAGUCCACCCACGACUUAUACAAACAUUUCCCAUUAUCUACAAUGGAUAACUGAUCAUAUGUUGAAAACUAUAAGAGGGGCGUGUAUAGCUAGAUCAGAUAAACAACUUGUAGCUGUCAGAUUAGGAGAAUAUCAAAUUAGCACUGAAAGAGAUUGUACGAAUUCAACACGUAAAAACAUUUGUGCUGAUCCAGUAGAAGAUGUUGGCAUUGAAGAAAUAUUUAUACAUGAAAAUUAUCAAAGAAACUUGCACCACGAUAUAGCACUAUUACGUCUUAAUCGAACAGUGGAAUUUAAAAGACACAUAAAACCCAUAUGCUUGCCAAUAUUUGACGUUUUGAGAACAAAAGAUUACAGUGAAUAUGUUAUAUCUGGAUGGGGAGCUACAGAAAAUCGCAGUUCUUCGGAUGUCCUGAUGGUGGCCAUUGUCCCUAGUGUAGAACGUUCACAAUGUCAAAUAGAAUUGAGAAAACAUUAUCUACGUUUGCCUUUAACUGAGGGUCAGAUAUGUGCUGGCGGUUUAAAUACAAUUGAUGCCUGCCGUGGAGACUCUGGUGGACCUUUAGGUUACAAAGAUUUUUAUAAUGGUCAUCCACGUUUUAUACAAUUCGGUCUUGUUAGCGUUGGUUUGGAUAAUUGUGGUUUUGAGAGUCCACCCACGACUUAUACAAACAUUUCCCAUUAUUUACAAUGGAUAACUGAUCAUAUGUGGUAAAAUUCAAUGUUCAAACUGAGAGCUAAGUUGAAAAGUUAUGUUAAAUUACAUAACAAAUAUUUCGGAGAUUAAGAGAAACUUUCUUGCUAAAUAAUUUCUGUUUAAUUUAGUAAAUAAGUAAAUAGUUACUUACAAAUUAAAUUAUUAAAAUGU